GCACGCUCAUACUCUCUCCACACUCGAUAUAUUAUCCAUUGUUGAUCUGCAGACAGCUGUUGUCACGAACGUCGCACUCUUUACAUCACUGCCAUGAGACACUCACAAAAAAAUCACGUUUUUAGUAACGCAGUAACGCAGCAUGUUUACGGGAAAGUAACGGUAAUCUAAUUACCUUUUUUGCAAUAGUAAUCCCUUACUUUACUCCUUAAAGGGUAAAAGAUGACGACACCUAAAGAAAUCCUUCUGGGGACUUUGAAGGAUUUGCGACGUGAAGAGUUUGAAGAAUUUAAGUGGCAUCUGAAGAACAAUGGGUGUGUAGAAGGUUUACCAGCAAUCCCAGAGAGUGAACUGGAGAAUGCAGAGAGGACAGACAUAGUGGAUCUGAUGUUUGAUGCCUACUCUAUCAACACUUUUGAAGUCACUAAAAAUCUUUUGGGGAGCAUAAACAGGAAUGAUCUGUUGGAGAAUUUAAAUAAUACCAUCCCAGAACCCAAAGAGAUUCUCCCUGAGUGUCAGCUCAAACUCAAGUCAAACCUGAAGCAGAAGUUCCAGUGUGUGCUUGAGGGGAUUUCUACAACAGGAAACCCGACCCUUCUGAAUGAGAUCUACACAGAGCUCUACAUCACAGAGGGAGGGACUGCAGAGGUCAAUGAUGAACAUGAGGUCAGACAGAUUGAAACAGCAUCCAGGAAACCAGAGAGACCAGAAACAACCAUCAGACAAGGAGACAUCUUUAAACUCCCACCUGGAAGAGAUAAACCAGUAAGAACAGUUCUGACAAUGGGAGUGGCUGGCAUUGGGAAAACAGUCCUAACACAGAAGUUCACUCUGGACUGGGCUGAAGGCAAAGCCAACCAGGACAUCCAGUUCAUAUUUCCAUUCACUUUCAGAGAGCUGAAUCUGCUGAGAGAGGAAAAGUUCAGCUUGAAGAGAUUCAGAGAUGAGGAGCAGGCCAGCAGGAUCAUCUCCCACAUCAAGACAUCACGAAGCCUCCACAUCAUGUGCCACAUCCCAGUCUUCUGCUGGAUCACUGCUACAGUUCUGGAGGAUGAGCUGAAAACCAGUGACAGUGAAGAUCUGCCUAAGACUCUCACAGAGCUCUACCUACGCCUUGUGCUAUUUCACCUAAAAACAAAGGACAUCAAGUAUGAUGGAGGAGCUGAGACAGAUUCAUGCAGGAAGAUGAUUGAGUCUCUGGGAAAACUGGCUUUUGAUCAGCUGCAGAAAGGAAACCUGAUCUUCUAUGAAUCAGACCUGACAGAGUGUGGCAUCGAUAUCACAGCAGCCUCAGUGUACUCAGGAGUGUUCACACAGAUCUUUAAAGCUGAUAAGCGUAACAUGUUCAACAACGUUGUUUACUGUUUCGUCCAUCUGAGCAUUCAGGAGUUCUUUGCUGCUCUUCAUGUCUAUCUGACCUUCAUCAACUCUGGAGUCAACCUGCUUAAGAAACAAUCUCCUCUCUCUAAAAUUUUCCAGAAAACACUUACUGUAAAAGACUUCUACCAGAGUGCUGUGGAAAAGGCCUUAGAGAGUCCAAAUGGACACCUGGACUUGUUCCUCCGCUUCCUCCUGGGACUUUCACUGCAGACCAAUCAGAAUCUCCUACGCAUGCUGACACAGACAGGA